AUGGAUUUCGGGAAAAUUACGGAGGGAAGAAAGGCUGAAGAAGAAGAAGAAGUAUCGCCAUCGAGAGAAGCCUACAAUACGCGAUUGUUAGAGGCUUUGGGUCUCAAUCGCACUCGGAUUCUUGCCUUCAGUAGCAAACCUUCUUCUCUUUAUCAGCCUAUCAAACACUUGGCGCCUCGCAGACGAAUUUCUCAGAACCCAGAGAGAGUAUUGGAUGCUUGGAAUAUUGUAGAAGACUUUGGGCUCAACCUGCUUGAUUGGGGCAGUGCCAAUGUCUUAGCCAUAGCGUUGGGAGACACUGUUUGUCUCUGGGAUGCUUCCACUGGCUCUGUAUCUGAGCUUGAGGCCGCUGACGAAGAGAACGGACCCGUCACUAGCGUGAACUGGGCGCCUGAUGGUCGUUACCUCGUGGUGGGGCUCAAUGACGGCGAGGUGCAGCUUUGGGAUUCUGUAGCCGAAGUUGUACUGAGAACGUUUCAAGGUUGCCGCCACGGGAGAGUAGGAUCAUUGGCGUGGAACAAUCACAUCCUGACCACGGGAGGAUUCGACGGACGGAUCACCAACAACGAUAUGCGGAUGGGCUCAAACGUUGUGGAAACUUACAAGGGUCACACUCAAGAGGUGUGUGGUCUCAAGUGGUCUGGUCAGAGACUAGCUAGUGGUGGCAACGACAGUUUGGUACACAUAUGGGAUCAGUCCAGGAAUACAAAUUGGCUGCACAGGCUCAGGGGACACACAUCCGCGGUUAAAGCUCUCGCAUGGUGUCCUUUCCAGAGCAGUUUGCUUGCAACUGGCGGUGAUCAGACGAUAAAGUUCUGGAACACUAAGACAGGGGCUUGCUUGAAUUCAGUAGACACGGGUUCUCAAGUUUGUUCUUUGCUGUGGAGCAGCAAGGAAAGUGAGCUACUUAGCUCACAUGGGUUUCCUCACAACCAGCUUACGCUCUGGAAGUACCCAUCGAUGCUCAAAAUGGCUGAGUUCACUGCUCAUACAUCAAGAGUUCUGUAUAUGGCUCAGAGUCCCGAUGGUUGUACCGUAGCUUCAGCGGCAGGAGAUGAGUCUCUCAAGUUCUGGAAUGUUUUUGGAGAGAAACCUGCUCCCAAGAAAGGCCAUGAGCCGUUCUCUCGUGGUAUUCACAGGUAUCUACAUUCACCGUACCAAAUUCACAACAAGCUACAGUUGGUCUUGAAAGAGCUUCUGAUGAGGAAGAUGAACUGGGAGUUGAUUGCCGAGGACAAUUAUAGGGCUCUCGCUGAUGCUAUCUUCGAUGCCCAAGAGAUUCAGGCUGCAGAAGCGGACAGAAGGAAGAAGAAGGCAUGUGAGAGGCUGCGACGCAGAGGUGAAGGAGGCUCUGCUUCGACUCUGAACAGUCCCGACACAGUUUUGAAGAGCCUACAACUGGUCAUGGCGGAGACACUGCUCCUGAUGCUGGUGCGCUCAUUGUUCCAAAAGACGAGCUUUUUGCAGAUGUUCGUUUCAGAUUCAGUAGAAAAUGGGAACUCUUUAGCUACUAUAUCUGAGAUGGAGAAGACAAAUGGACAUGUGGAAGUUGUGAAUACUGUUGAUGAUGCCACGAUGACCAGCGCUGCUCCUCUUGCUGUGGAGAUUGCUUGGCUCCGUCAGUGUCACUUAGCGGCUUUGCGUACACAGUAG